UUGAGGCUCUUGAUGGCGCCAAGAAGCCCGCUUUCUCUACGUCUAUCGUGUCUGCUUCGUGCUUUCAAGCUUCCAUCUUUGCUUCGCCAUGGCGGAGCAAUCCACGCGAAGGUCGUCGUCCAUGGCUUCCUCCCUGACGCUACUCUUGAGACUGAUCUUCUCCUCAUGUAUUCUCGUUGUGCUUCCUCUGAUCUCUGCCAUGCACGGCAAGUGUUCGACCAAAUGCGGCAGAGAACCAUGCACGCAUGGAAUAUCUUGUUCUCUUCUUACGCGCAGAGCUCUCUCUAUCACUUGGUACUCGGACUUCUUCGUCCAUUUCUUGACUCUGGAUUCCGGCCGGAUCACUUCACUGUUCCGGCACUCUGCAAGGCCUGUGGUGGUGGUGGUGGUGUUGGGCUUCGAGAGAUCGGGAUGGGAUUGCAUUGUUGGGCGAUCAAGAUUGGUGUUCUUGAUGUUGUAUUUGUUAGCAGCUCUGUGUUGGAUAUGUAUGCUAAAUUUGGGCGCUUGGAUGAUGCCUGCAAAGUGUUUGAACUAAUGCCUGAAAGAGAUGUUGUGGCGUGGAAUGCGAUGAUAACUGGGUUUGUGAGAGCUGGGCAAUUUGUUGAGUCAUUGGAUUUGUUUAGGAGAUUGCAGCUGGAGAGGAUGGGCAUGGAUUGGAGAGUGAUUCCUAGUGUUUUGAAUGCUUGUGGGAGCACUGGGGAGUUGAUCAGAGGGAAAGAGGUUCAUGGGAGAGUGAUUAGGUGUUUGAUGUUUGAUUCUGAUGUUGUCAUUGGGAAUGCUUUGAUUGAUAUGUAUGGGAAAUGUGGGUGUUUGAAUGAUUCACAGAGAGUGUUUGCAUGCAUGGGUUUGAAGAAUGAAGUGACAUGGUCUUCGAUGAUUGCUUGUCUUGGAGUUCAUGGCAAGGGGGAGGAGUCAUUGAAGCUCUAUGAGGAGAUGAUAAAGGAAGGAUUCAAGCCAAAUUCUAUUACAUUUACGUCGGUUUUAUCCAGUUGUAGCCAUUCCCGUCUUCUUGUUGAUGGCCGGAGGGUUUUUGAAUCAAUCAGGGAACCGAGUGUUGAGCACUUCGCGUGCAUGGUAGACCUCUUCGGCCGCUCUGGUGACAUUAAACAAGCAUCGAGGUUGAUAGAUAAAAUGCCGAUGAAACCAUCGGCAAGUGUGUGGGGAGCAUUGCUUGCCGGUUGUGUUCUGCACAAGAACGUAGUGAUAGGAGAGAUUGCAGCACACAAGCUGUCUGAAUUAGAGCCCAGCAAUUCUAGCAACUAUGUUGCACUUUGUGGUAUCUAUGAUGCAGUUGGAAUGUCUGACAAUGUGUCUAAGAUCAGAGCAAGGAUGAGAGAAUUAGGAAUUAGCAAGACACCAGGGUGUAGUUGGAUUAUCAUCAAUGGCAAAUCGCAUACUUUCUAUCAAGGCAACAUUUCUCAUCCAUUUGCAAAGAGAGUUUGUGAGGUUUUACUUCAUCUUCAUUUAUGGAUAGGAAAGGAUGAAGAUGUUUAUCACUCUAUCAACCAUGAAACAAACACCCAAACAUCAUCUGAAUCACAUUACUAUCUGUUAGAUUCUGGUGAGAAACUGACAAAACUAACAUCAACGUACUGAAUCCUAAUAUUGAACCUUCAAGGACAGUCAAGUAGGCCAUUUUCAAGGUUUACAUCCAAAUGCAAGAUGCUGAAUUGCUUUUAAUGGAUUCAACUGUGAUACAUAACAAGCCUAGCUAGCAUGUCAACUGAAUUAUGAUUGAAAGGAGGUCAUGACUAAGGUUCAUAUCCAAACACAACAUGCUUAUCAUGGAUUCAAAUGCAAUACAAAACAAGCUCUAACAUCAAUUGAAU